AGCUUCUCAGAGGGAGGGUUUCUGUUAUCUGCUCUGGCCGCCGGAGAGCCGCCGGGGUGUUCUGGAGCAGCGGGGAUCCGCCAUGACUUGCGCCACGGACGCUCUCCGCGCACGAACCGGAGCUUUCUCCUCGAGCCGCGCAAACAUGUCCUGAGAGCGACGACCCCGGCACACAAGAUGACCGAUUACCGGGAGGAUGGCAUGGAUCUGGGCAGCGAUUCCUCCAGUCGCUCCAGCUCUGAGUCCAACUCCAACAAGGUGACGCCCUGCUCCGAGUACAAGUCCUCUCCCAGUCUGGAGCUGGCCGGUCUGGAGGACUACGAGGAGGACGAGGACUACCAGCAGUACAGUAAGAGAGCGCUGCUGGACUGGGAGAGAGAGUACACAGACAACCAGCAGCAGGACUCCGGCUCAGUGAGCGCCAGAGCCUCCUCUGGAUCCCAGCAGUCCAGCGAGAGCCUGACGUCCAGCAAACCCGGCCAGAACAGAGAAGAAUGUGAGGAGGAAAGCCAGCUUCCAGCCAUGGACUGGGCGGCUCUGGAGAGACACCUCGCAGGACUACAGUUCAGAGAACAGCAGAACCACAACCACGGCCUGAUCCGGUCCAACUCCACCAACGCUCAGAAGAACGAGCGCGAGUCCAUCCGGCAGAAGCUGGCUCUGGGCAGUUUCUUUGACGAUGGGCCGGGAGUCUACAGCAGCUGCAGCAAGAGCGGCAAACCCAGCCUGUCCUCUCGGCUCCAGAGCGGAAUGAACUUGCAGAUCUGCUUCGUCAAUGACAGCGGCAGCGACAAAGACAGCGACGCAGACGACAGCAAGACAGAGACCAGCCUGGACACACCGCUGUCUCCCAUGAGCAAACAGAGCUCGUCUUACUCGGACAGAGACACCACGGAGGACGACUCAGAGUCUCUGGAGGACAUGGACUUCCUGAGCCGACAGAAGAAGCUGCAGGCCGAGGCCAAGCUGGCCCUCGCGAUGGCCAAACCCAUGGCCAAGAUGCAGGUGGAGGUGGAGAAGCAGAACCGCAAGAAGUCUCCUGUGGCGGAUCUGCUUCCUCACAUGCCACACAUCAGCGAGUGUCUGAUGAAGAGGAGUCUGAAGCCCACGGAUCUCAGAGACAUGACGCUGGGACAGCUCCAGGUCAUCGUCAACGACCUGCACUCACAGAUCGAGGGUCUGAACGAGGAGCUGGUGCAGCUGCUGCUGAUGAGGGACGAGCUUCACAUGGAGCAGGACGCCAUGCUGGUGGACAUCGAGGACCUGACCAGGCACGCUCAGAGCCAGCAGAAGCACCUGGCGGAGAAGACGCUGUCCAAAUGAAGACAGUUGUGUGAGCGCUCGCACUAAACACAGGCCUCCGGAUCCGU